AUGUCAAUACCAUCAAACCCCUCAACUAAGCUACGCAAACAAAACCCUUCAUUACCUCCGAGAAUCUGUAUAGUUGGUGCUGGACUUUCAGGACUCCGGUGCGCCGAUAUUUUACUCCAGCAUGGUUUCGACGUCACAAUAUUGGAAGGCCGCGAUCGAAUAGGUGGAAGAGUUCACCAAAUAAACCUACCAUCAGGUCCCCUAGUCGAUUUAGGGGCAAAUUGGCUUCAUGGUAGUGAGGAUCAGCCUUUAUUAGAUAUCGCCAAGAAGACAAACACAGAGGUGCAUACCUGGGCUGAAAAGGUGUGGGAGAUAAUUCAUGGAGCUUUUAAGUAUUCCGAGGAAAAUUCGGAGACUAUUGAUCCAGAUAAGAGUCUUUAUGAUUUUAUAGAGGAAAAGCUUUUGGAAGUAUACCCUGAUGAUGCUGAGAAGAGGAGAGUCUCGAUCCAGUUUGCUGAUAUAUGGGGAACUUUUGUUGGAACUUCAGUCAAAAAGCAAAGUUUGAAGUUCUUUUGGCUGGAGGAGUGCAUUGAUGGAGAAAAUAUCUUCGUGGCGGGAACAUAUAAAAAUGUUCUCGCUCAUGUAGCCAAACCAGCUCUGGAAAAUGCAAAGAUAGAAUUCUCAACCAAAGUUACUCGGGUGGAAACAAAUCCAAAUAGCCUCGCUGUAUUCAUAGACGACGGUAAGAAGCUCGAGUUUGACGAGGUAGUAAUGACAACACCCCUCGGCUGGUUGAAGAAAAACAAAGAAGCCUUCCAACCUGAACUCCCUUCACGAUUUCUUUCCGCCAUUGAUUCCCUCGGUUUUGGCUGUCUCGAAAAGAUCUACAUAACUUUCCCUCGCCCUUUCUGGGGCAACGCUGCCCUCUCCCUCUCCGCACAAACCUUCGACGGUUUCACCCAAUGGCUCUCGCCCGUCUACACCCCCACCACAAACCCCGACAAAUGGCAUCAAGAAAUCGUACCUUUAUCAUCCUUCACGCCAGAAAAUGCACACCCUACACUCCUCCUCUACAUCUACGGUGCACAAUCCUUACAUUUCGCCAAAACUCUUUCUACUUUGCAAACACAAAUUGAAAAGGAUGAAUUUUUGAUUACAUUUUUUAAACCAUACUAUUCACUUCUUCCAAAUUUUAAAGAGGAAGAUGAGGGAUGCAGACCGCUAAGUUGUGUGGCGACUACGUGGGGUAAUGAUGACUUGGCGGGAAAUGGAAGAUGGGCGGGAAAGGGUGUGUGA